GGGCAAGAGCUGAUGCAGACAAACAGAAAUAGUCCAAAGAUGAAGACCUUGAUGGUUGUGUUGGGCUUAUCCCUCUUCACCUUGUGUGUGGCUGAGGUCAUGCAACUGAUUAAACGGGGAGAAGCCGUCAGCAGCUUCAAGAGUCCCAGCAUCGAAUCUGCUUGUCACUGCGAGAGCAAGAAUCCGAUUGGCUAUAUUCUUAAACCUUUCGAAAAAUUGGAGGACAAGCAGAGAUUCCCUGAGAUGAUUCAAGAGAUAGAGGAUCCGAGGAACCAGCUCCAACGUAACCAGGUGGCAUUUGGAGUAGCCAUUGGCAAUGUUGGAAAUAUUGGACCUUACAACCGUGAGAUCACACUGACCUACAAGACCAUCUUCGCAAACACGGGCUCAUACAAUCCUGAUAAAGGUAUUUUCAGUGCUCCAGUCCAAGGAAUGUAUUACUUCAGCUUCUCUGGUCAUAAUCAAUCACAAAAGCCAAUGGGGCUGCGACUCAUGAAGAAUGGAGAGCAGAUCGUUACCGUGUCCAAUGAUAAAUCUGGAGAAGACCAUGAGACUGCAACUAACGGCAUGACUAUACAUCUUAAUGUGGGAGACCAGGUGUACGUGACGCUCCGGGAGAAUAUGUGGAUUUUUGAUGAUGAUAAUAACCACUGCACCUUCAUUGGACAUCUGUUAUUCCCUUUCCGAGAAAAAAUAAAUUCCAGAGGGAGAAGAGAGGGUCAGUGAGAUGCAGUACAUUGCUACUUACAUUGGGGUAUUGUUUAAUGAAUUAAAGUGUUUAGAACUGACCUGAAACUUGAAUUAAUGAAAACACUGUAUGAUAAUACAUCAAGUUAAACGGGAUCCUGAUCAAAACUUUGUAAAUUGAAAGUUUUAUAUUCAUUGAUAUUAUGUUUGUCUUUGUGUUGUGUUUCUUUUAAUUAAUAAACACCCUAUGACUCCA